CGGGAGUGAAAAGACAAGAGGGAGCGUGCGGCGCUGUGAUUCAGGCCUAAUUAAGGGGCUGCGUCGGCGCAGGGUUAUAAGCGAAGAGCGGCUGCAACCGAUCAUCCAGCCAGUCGGCCACUGCAAGGGUUCAACGCCAGCAACCUAGGCGGGACAGAUGCUGGCUUUGCCUCCGCUAUGGCAAAAGUCAUCUUGAGGCACCUCAUAGAGACUCCAGUGCGAUACGAGGAGCAGUUUGAAGCUCGAGGUUUGGAAGACUGCAGGCUGGAUCACGCUUUAUAUGCACUGCCCGGGCCAACCACCGUGGACCUGGGGAAGGCCGGGGCCGCCCCGGCUCCCCCCGUGGACUCCGCCGCAGAGAUGCCGCCGCAGAGAGGCGAAUCCCGCUUCCAGAUCCUGCUGGACGUGGUCCAGUUCCUCCCCGAAGAUAUCAUCAUUCAGACCUUCGAAGGCUGGCUGCUGAUCAAGGCUCAACAUGGAACCAGAAUGGACGAGCAUGGCUUUAUCUCGAGAAGCUUCACCCGGCAGUAUAAACUGCCCGACGGCAUCGAAACCAAAGAUUUGUCUGCCAUCCUCUGUCACGACGGGAUUCUGGUGGUGGAAGUCAAGGAUCCAGCUGGGACCCAGUGAAAUCCCACUGCUUCCUGUUCAUACGGCAGGAGGAAGAUUCUAAUUCAGCCUGUGGUAUCACGAGAAUGUUUGUCUGAGCCACGUUUGAAGUGAUUUUUAUGAAGAUUAAAAAUCUAGGCAUGGUUCUGGUAUGUUGACGUUGUCUUUGUUAUUAUUACUCAGAAAGGAAAAUUGUUAAAUUUGUACCUAGGGCUCAAAUUGAUGCUAUUCUUACAUCGGAAGCAUUGACAAUUUAGGCGAUUGAUACUAGAGAGGAACUCAGUUAUUUCUUUGUUACUCCAGCAGUGCCAGAGAAGCUGCAUUUGUAACAACUGAUGGCAGAAGAACCACACAAAUCCCAGAAAUUCUUAUUCAUUUUAUGAAAACUUUUUAUAUUGAGAAAAAGGGUUGUGAUCCCCUACGCUUCAUAAGCUUUACUUUUCAGUGUUUUAUUACAGUGGAACUUUGUAAACACAGAGUCUACAUGUUAAAAUAUAGUACUUGGAUAUUGGGUCUGAAAUACAUUUAUGAGUCACUGUAUUUGUUACUGCUUGAAACUUACGUUGGGAUUUUCAGAUGUAAGUCUUAUUUUUCAAAAGUUCCACAUACGUAUCUCAUUUUUUUUUCCACUAAACUGAAUCUUAUCUGUAGUGUUUUUUAAAAGCACAGCAUAUGUUUUGUUACUUAUGAAAUAAUAAGAUGUAUUAACUCAUAAAUUAAGUUUAGGAAACCACUUUAAAAAUUAAAAAAUUAAACUAUGCUCUUCAAAUGUUACUUAAAAUUUAAGACUUUGGAAGAUGGCAAAAUGUACUGCAUCUGUUCUCACUGCAUAAUCCUUAGCUUUAAAUAGCCUGGCAGGCAGGGUAAGUUCUGAGGCUCGAGCUUACAGGGGCGGGCGUCUGAGUUUAUACAGCACACAGGCUGCUUUGGCCCAGGGAGCAGCUGGGACUGGUGGUUAGGAAUAUUGCCUUCAACAGCUGGUCUAUGACAUUGCAAAGGUUUGCCAUCUCAUUCUGUACAUAUUAAAUAUUUCUUUUGGGAAAGUAACUGCUUCUACCCCAUACCCCAUGUGAGGCUGAGGACAACACAAUGAAUAGAAGAGGAAUUUGGGUGUGGAAAACACCAGGGUAGAUACUUGACUGCUGACAAUACCACUGUGCUCCUCUGUGGCAUUUUAUUCAUAAUUCACAGGCAAGCACGAGAGACAGGAGACAACAGAAAAAUAAAUUGGACAGUUAUACAAAUGGUUUCGAAGACAAAGAGAGAUUUUUGUUUACAGUAUGAUUAAAUUGAAAGGAUUUUGAAGCUAGAUGUUUGUGUGAGUUCGUGGCCUAGGUAUGGAUGUUUGUGCCUUCAACUCUAGGCUAACAAAUUUCGUUCGACAAAGUGAGUAUCACAGACCAAUUCUGCUGUAUAACAAAGUUAACAGUAAUUACUAGGAUUAUAUCUACUAAUGUGACUAGAACUGGGAUACCAUUUGUCCAACUUUAGAUUAUUCUUUCCCACUGCUGAGCAGAACAGUGUGACAACAAACUAGUGCUUUGAGAAACAAACACAAAACCCCUCUCAUUUGGCCUUGAUCUUACUCUAGAUGAGGUCUUACUUCUGAGAAAUUUCAGAAAGUAAAAUUCUUACCAUGAGGAGCCACGGAUAGAAAUAGUUCCUUUAAAAGUUAAACAUUUUAAAGUAAUACACAGCCACUUUUUUUGAUUUGGAAAAUAUACCAAACAGUAUAAAAAAAUCCAUUUAUUAUUCUUCUACUACCAUAAUAUAGCUACUUUAAAAUUCUACUUCAGUCUUCUCUUAUACAUAAAUACAUGUACCAGUUUUUGGAAAACUAGGAUUAUAUUUGCAAGGUGUUUGAUAUCCUAAUCAUACUGUUGCCCUCCCUUCCAACCCAGACCCAUCCUCUGCCUUUCUCACCCCUACUCUGAGCCCAAGUUGCUGACCCCUAUGGGCCAUGUCAUUCUGGUUUCCAACUAGGUUCAGCCAACAGGAGGCACUGACUACAGACCAGAGACUGGAGAGAGGAGACGGGCGGUCAGUGGGGAAGAGAGAUCAGGACAUCUCUUUCCCCAGCUGCCAACCUGCUGCAGACAAGGCUCUGCCAGGACCUGCAUCUCCCCAGGACUGGAGCUCUGGAGAGAUGGCCGCUCCUCCAGGACUUGCACUUGUACUGGGUGCCUGCAUUCUAGCCUUGUUUCUUCCUUUUGCCCCUUCAGCACUUGGGGUGGUGAUCUUUUCUGCUCUUUCUUGUUCCUGGUGCUUCACUAUCCACUGUCGACUCCCUUUAUUUUGCCUGCUCUCCCAUAAAUGAUUCCUUCACUAAAGUCCCUUUCAGGUGAUAAAAGGAAUUUUCAUAUAUUGAGGUAUGGGGAAAUCAUUCUGGCUUAUACAUGAGUUAACUUGAAUUUUAACUGCCAGCUAAAACAGCCUGUUUGUGGCCUAUCAAACAUACACUGUACAUUUGCUUUCAUUAUUAAAGAAAAGGGCACACUGACCAGGAAUAAAGAAUACCCAUGUUAGUGGAAGGAACCUAAAGGCCCAUCGAUGGAUGACUGG